AUGAAUUACGAAUUUGGGCGAGAAAGUGGUUUCAUCAACAGCCAGCCGUCGCUCGCUGAGUGCCUGACAUCUCUCACUAACCCUGUCGGUGAUGCAUUUCAAAGUUCAUCAAUCAAGAGCCCGGCGCUUUCACGAUCGACACUGAUUCCUCCUCCUCCCUUUGAGCACACCAUCCCCGGCCUGAGCGCGGGCAUCCACCCACGCCACAGCCGCGCAAAGCAGCCGGCUCCGGGAGGCUGCAGCCCGCCGCGCGCCGCAUCCCUGCCCCCGGAGUACCCGUGGAUGAAGGAGAAGAAAAGCAUCAAGAGGAACCAGACCGCUGCGGCUUCUUCAGCUUCUUCCUCUGCGCCCGCUGCUGCCCCGACGACUGACUCCUCUCCACUCUACUUCUCACCCCAAGAGGAAGCAGAGGUUGUUGUUGGCGGCGGUGGAGCAUCCAGGAGGCUGAGAACUGCCUACACCAACACCCAACUCCUGGAGCUGGAGAAGGAGUUUCACUUCAACAAAUACCUGUGCAGACCCAGGCGGGUGGAAAUAGCGGCUCUGCUGGAUUUAUCGGAGAAGCAGGUGAAAGUGUGGUUUCAGAACCGGAGGAUGAAGCACAAGAGGCAGACCCACUGCAAGGAGAACCGGGACAGUGAGGGGAAAUACGCGUGCCUGAUGGAUGACGGGCCGGAGGAGGACGAGGAGUUCGAGCCGGCGGCGGAAAGCGUCGCAGGCGGGACGCUCCUGGAGAGGGAGAGGUAUUUCCCCCAGAAUACCUUGACUUCACAACAGUGUCCGAAUGGGAACAAUGGGGACAGCCUGAUCCCGACAGCUACGCAUUCGGGCAGCUAUGAGAAAAAUCUGAAACAUUUUCCUAACCCGGCGCCCACUGUUCCAACCUGCGCGUCAACAAUAGGCACGGACAAUGACUGUUCCCCGGGCCUGGACGUCUCUUUGCAGGAUUUCCACGUUUUCUCAUCCUCCUCCUCUUUCUCACCGAGUUUCUCAGAUUCAACACAAAGUCCUCUGCACUUAUCCUCCGAGACGUUUGACCUCUUCUCAGAAACUCUCACAACAAUCGAUCUGCAAAACUUGAGUUAUUGAAAUAUUUGUCUUUUUAAUUCUCAUUCAGACACCAUGUGUUCUCAGUGUAGCAGUAUAAGCCUCAUGGGGGGAACUAUUUAAAAAAUCCCACCAGUAAGGUAAGUUAAAGAAAAGAAGCAAACAAACAGCAAAAGUACUAUUUUGCU